AACUAAAACACUAAAAAACAGGUGAUUAAAAAGAUGGCGAAUGUAGGAAGAAGCUGUGCUCAGUUUUCUAGAAAAUUGUUAUUUAAUUCACUUUCAAACGCAAAUAAUUACGCUAUAUUUUCUAGGCAGUUUAGUUUAUCGAUAAAAAGUUCAUCAGUUGUUAAUAGGUUCAGUAACGCUACUGGUUAUGUUUCGUUUUUACCUAUUGGCACCUCUCUGUUUAGGCAUUAUGGUACAGAAAAAAUAGACACACAGAAGAUUCUGGAAAACACAUUUCCUCAGCCUAAGAGUGAUGGAUCAGAUUCUGACAAGGGUUCGAGUAAAAAUGAAGAAGAGGAGGAACGGUUGAAAAGAGAAGCCUCAUGGCGGACUAUGAAAAUAAGCUUGAUUGCUAUAGCUUCCUCUAUCACCUUUUGUGGUGGCUACAUAAUAUUUUCAUUCGGUUCCCCGAUGCAAAAUGAAGAUGGUACGUUUGAGGAAGAUGAAUUCAGCCGACUGCCAAUAGUGACACAAUACCUCAAACGGACGUUUAAAACAAUGAAUUUCUAUACUAAAAUGAUCAAGGAGCCGUCACGUAAGAAACUACUGCCAGAGCCUUUACAGUAUCCUUACAUGCAGCCUCCUUAUACUCUGGUGUUGGAGUUGACUGACCUGCUUGUGCAUCCUGAGUGGACAUACAGCACAGGAUGGAGAUUCAAGAAGCGACCUGGAGUGGACCAGUUCCUGGAGCAAGUUGGGCCUCCAUUGUUUGAGAUAGUUAUCUACACUGCAGAACAGGGUAUGGUUGCCUUCCCGAUAAUCAACACCCUGGACCCAAAUGGCUACAUCAUGUACAGACUAUUCAGGGACGCCACGGACUACGUUGAUGGUCACCAUGUCAAGAACCUGGACUGCCUUAAUCGUGAUCUUAAAAGGGUGAUCGUUGUGGACUGGAAUCCUAACUCUGUGAAGCUCCAUCGAGCGAAUACGUUCCUCGUCCCUCGGUGGACAGGCUCCGAUAGCGACACUUCACUCAUGGACCUCGCUGCCUUUCUUAAGACAAUAGCCUCAAAUGAUGUGGAUGAUGUCAGGGAUGUGCUUGUCCACUACAGCCAGUUUGAUGACCCCCUAGAGACAUUCAAGGAGAAGCAGCGGAUACUUAUGGAGGAAAUGGAAAAGGAACAAGAGAAGAAGAGAGUACCAACAAAAUUUGGAUGGCCGUCGAAAUCACCCUUUUCUUGAACUUAACGUGACUGACAUAAAGCUAAUGUUUUGUAUAAAGCCAAUCCUCUCUUCAGCUAGUCUGUAAAUAGUAAAUUGUUUUGUUUGCAUUUACUGAACUGAUCUGUCAAUAAAACACAUUUUUUGUUUA